AGCGGCCAUGUUCUCGAUAUUUUAUUGGCUAGGAUUUAACAGUUUUUUUUUGUGCGGUCGAAAGCUGCAUAUUCUUCUUCUUCUUCCCUUUCUCGUCCGUUUCGUUGCGUACUUUGGAUACCUGGACCUCUUCUCUCCCGCGACCAUUUCUUCCUCCCUUCUCAGCCAAAUCUUACCUUUUCAUUCGUGGAGAGAGAUUGAAAGGAAGCUAUAUACCCUUGUUGUUUAUGCGUGCUUCGAUCCUGGUUAGAGAGAGAGAGAGAGAGAUCCCUCCACAUGCACAAGCGCGCCAGUAGAGACUAGACAAGAGAGAAGACUAGCUAGAGAACAACCUUGUUCUUGAUCAAAAUGGAUCACAGAGACAGAGGACUAUUACAGCAAUACCACUCGCUGACAGUAUGAGGUAGCUGCCGUAGAGCAAGACGCAAGCCAGCGAAAGAAGGUCCAGAAGAGUCUAGAAGCUUCCAGGAGGUGCCAUGGGUAACGUGUGCUUGUGCGGCACCACCUCCACCUCCCCUGAUCAGCUGGAACCCAAAGCCGAAGCGCCGCCGCGAGGCAAGAGGCCGGCGACGCCUCCAAGCAGCCAGGGCAACAGCCAAGAACCAAGCCCCGGGGCGAAGCCGAAGCCCAAGCCGAGGCCCAAGCCCAAGCCCAAGCCCAAGCCCAACCCGUACGACUGGGCGCCGCCGCCGCCGCCGGUGUCCCGUGGCAGAGCGGCAGCGCGGGUGCUGGACGGCGUGGUGCCGCACCAGCCGCGCCUGCGUGUGACGGACAAGUACCACCUGGGCCGGGAGCUCGGCCGCGGUGAGUUCGGCGUGACCCGGCUCGCCACGGACCGCGCCACGCACGAGCGGCUGGCGUGCAAGUCCAUCCCGAAGCGGCGCCUCCGCACGGCGGUUGACGUGGCGGACGUGCGGCGGGAGGUGGCCAUCAUGGCGUCGCUGCCCGACCACCCGGCGCUGGUGCGGCUCCGGGCGGCCUACGAGGACGGCGAGGCGGUGCACCUGGUGAUGGAGCUGUGCGACGGCGGGGAGCUCUUCGACCGGAUCGUGGCGCGCGGGAGGUACACGGAGCGCGCCGCGGCGGCCGCGGCGAGGACGGUGGCGGAGGUGGUGCGGGCCUGCCACGCGCACGGGGUGAUGCACCGGGACCUCAAGCCGGAGAACUUCCUGUACGCGGGCAAGAGCGAGGACGCGCAGCUCAAGGCCAUCGACUUCGGCCUCUCCGUCUUCUUCCGACCAGGCGAGCGUUUCACGGAGAUCGUGGGCAGCCCGUACUACAUGGCGCCUGAGGUGCUGCGGCGGAGCUACGGGCCGGAGGUGGACAUCUGGAGCGCCGGCGUGAUCCUCUACAUCCUCCUCUGCGGCGUCCCGCCCUUCUGGGCCGAGACGGAGCAGGGCGUUGCGCGCGCCAUCCUCCGCGGCGCCCUGGACCUGGAGCGCGAGCCCUGGCCGCGGAUCUCCGACGGCGCCAAGAGCCUCGUCCGCCAGAUGCUCCAGAUGGACCCCAAGAAGCGCCCCACCGCGCAGCAGGUGCUCGAGCACCCGUGGCUGCAGAACGCGCGGAAGGCGCCGAACGUGCCGCUGGGCGACGUCGUCCGGGCGCGGCUGCAGCAGUUCUCCGCCAUGAACAAGUUCAAGAAGAAGGCCAUGCGGGUGAUCGCGGAGCACCUCUCCGCGGAGGAGGUGGAGGUGAUCCGGGACAUGUUCGCGCUCAUGGACACCGACAAGGAUGGCAGGGUCACGCUGCAGGAGCUCAAGGCCGGGCUCAGGAAGGUCGGCUCCAAGCUCGCCGAGCCCGAGAUAGAGCUGCUCAUGGAGGCCGCUGAUGUGAAUGGCAACGGGUACCUGGACUACGGCGAGUUCGUGGCGAUCACCAUCCACCUGCAGCGGCUCUCCAAGGACGACCACCUCCGCACGGCGUUCCUCUUCUUCGACAAGGACAGCAGCGGCUACAUCGAGCGCACCGAGCUCGCCGACGCGCUCGCGGACGAGUCCGGCCACACCGACGACGCCGCGCUCAACAACGUCCUCCGAGAAGUCGACACCGACAAGGACGGCCGGAUCAGUUUCGACGAGUUCGUGGCGAUGAUGAAAGCCGGGACGGACUGGAGGAAGGCGUCCCGGCAGUACUCGAGGGAACGGUUCAAGACUCUGAGCAACAGCCUCAUGAAGGACGGGUCGCUAGCCAUGGCGCGUUAGCGAAGACGUACGUUCGAGGAGAGGCUUCAGGAACGAUAAAUGGAUGCGAUGCUUGGUUUUUGAUGCACACAUCACUUCAACGGAUGGAUAGUUUUCUUUCUUCAGUUUGUUUGUAUAUUUGUUGCAGAACAUCUGAACCUUCGAUAGGAUUGUUAGGGAAAGCGGCUGGGGGUUUCAGUCUUUCAGAUCAUUGGCGCAUGAACUUGUGUUGACUGUAAUUAUGUGCCGUAGAAAGGAACCUGACUACAUUUUAUGAGGUGAAUUCACUCAUUGCGCUCCA